UUUAUGUUGCAUCUAUACUACCUCUCCCUAGUGAAAUUUUUAUUAAACAGCUAUGUAGAAUUAUUUUUAAUUUUCUAUGGGGGUCAAAAGAUAGAAUAAAAAGAAAAACACUGAUUGGUAAAAUAGAAGAUGGUGGUAUUGGAGUAAUAGAUAUACUUACUAAAUUCCACGCAUUGAAAGCUGCCUGGAUACCGCGACUUAUAAAAAAUGACGGUCAUAACUUUAUACGUUCACACCUUGAUAAACUAUUAAGAGCUUAUAAUGUAAAUCUAGAAUAUAUAUUGAAAAUGAAUUGUACUGAUUUAAAGAACUUUGAUAUAUUUACCAAACUUCCACAAUUUUAUAAAGAGGUGUUUAUUUACUUUAAUCAAUGUAAAAAAAAAUUCCUAAUGUGCAAAAUAUGAACAAUAACGAAAUAUUACAAGAACCAAUUUGGAACAAUAAGCAUUUUUUGUUUAAUGGCAAGACUAUAUAUUUUAAAAAUUGGAUAAAAAAUAUUAAAUAUGUAAAAGAUUUGUUCAAUGAUAGCGGUUUUAAGACCAUUGAUGAAAUAAGCAAAGAAAUUUGCAAAAAAGCAAAUGUACUUUGUGAAUAUAAAAUAGUCAAAUCAGCUUUUAAAUACAUAAGAGAGAAAAUUCAUGGAUACGAAUCAAAAUUUAUAAACAUAAAAGAUAAAAGAUAUUUCAAUUUUACUAAUAAAUAUUGUACGGUUGAAAAACAAAAACGUAAAUUUUUCUAUGAAAUACUUUUGAGUAAAUUGUUUAUAUCACCUAAGCACCAUAAUUUAUAUCACAAAGAAUAUAAUGUCAGUAAAGAAAUGUGGAAACACAUUUAUCAACAAAAAAUCAAGUUAGCUUUAGAUAGAAUUAUUGCUGAAUUUAAUUAUAAACUGAUGCAUAAUUUGCUUUCCUGUAAAAAAUACAUGUUUAAAUGGAAAAAAGAAUCUUCUGACAAAUGUUCUCUGUGUCUAGAAACAGAAGAUAUGAGACAUCUUAUAUAUGAGUGUAAAAAUGUUUCAUUGGUUUGGAAUAUGGUGUCUUUGGCGUGCAAAGUCAAUAUUCAAUGGAAAAGUAUUGUUAUUGGUUUUUAUUUUGAAUGUAAUCAAAGCACACGCCUGCUUAAUAACUUUAUUUCCUUCAUUGCUUUGAAGAUAUACAAAUAUAAAAUGUUUUGUAGACUAAGUAAUCUUGAAGAAACUGAAUAUAGCAUAUCAAAUCAUGUCAAGAAGUGUACAGUUUUGUGGUGUAAAGUUAUAAAGUAUAGUAAUUAUGCAUUGAAAACAAAUGCUAUUGAACAUUUCAUAAAACUGUUGUAAUUUGUAUCUAUAUUUUUUCUGCAAUGUAUUGCAUUGUACCUGUGCUAUUGUACUACUGAUGGUAUUAAUAUGAGUAAUAAACUAUGAAAUCAUAAAAAAAGAAAAAAAGAAAAAAAAGAAUGGAGAUGUGGAGUUCAUAUCCCAUUAAAAUAAUUUACUUCACGUAGUUCAAAACACGUGAAAUUAGUUUAAAUUCAUUUCUUUGAAAACAUGCCAGAAGAAAAUUUAUACUAAUGCAAUAAUCAAUUAUCUUUGGAAUGAACAAUAUGAAUUACUUACCCUGUGAAAAACGAAUAGAGAACAUCCUAUAUAUUGGACAUUCUCGAGCAUACAGUAAAAAUGUGCAUAAUCAUUUGCAUGAAAUUUCUAUAUGGUAGAGCCUUGAUAUUUAGAGGUCAAAGGGCAAGUAUUAUGACAUCAUUUACUGAUCCUUUUAAUUCUUUCUGCAUUGAAUUUGUCAAUUCUCCAAAACAUCCAAAUUUCCCUCAUUGUGAUACAUUUUAAUCUGUGAUCCAUUUCAAUCAGUCUGUUGAUUUUUUUGUUGGAUUUGAAUUAUACAUUUUUUCGAAGUAAUCUGUAGAGUAGCAUAAUUUCAUGUGAAUUUGCAAUUUUUGAGCUACGUCUGUUCUUUAAUAACAUCAGGUUGCACUCAAAUACAGUGGCAAAUCUAUACCUUACUGUGGGGUUUGGGGGGAGGUUAACCCAUUUAAAAAGAAUGAUUUAAAAUGGUGCAUUUUAAUGCAUUUCUUCCCUUCAUUUGUAGUCACCACAUCUUUUAUAUGUUUGGGUGUGGUAAAACAGAAAAGAAAUAUGCUGGUGUGACAUGUUGUCAGUAUAUUUUUCUGAAUUAAAGUAACAGAAAAGCAGUUUUCGAAAUUCGUUUAAAACUUAGUACAGACUGGGUUUAUGCCAAAACUAGAUGACAUAGACCUCAUUGAAUUGGCAUAGACCGCAACAUUGAAAAAAAUAACACAAAUUUAAAACAUUUUUAUUGACUUUUAAAGUACUUAUAAAGCAUAUUUUCUUUCCAUUUCCAAAAAAGUGUUCUCUUUUCCUCAUAACGUUUAUCAGACGUUGACUUGUGGGAUAACUCAAUUGCUUUAAACUAAGAAAAUUAACAUACACGUUUUGUUAUAUCCCAAUUACAAUUGUUAUAGACCAGUGCCAUUUGACAUAGACUCGGUCUAUGGUUAAUUUCAAACACCAAGAAACAUCCUAAAGGUCAGUUAUAAAACAGCAUCACGCAUAUUUGUAAUAUAUCAACAAGUAAUUUUGAAACAGUGAACUUUCUUAUGUUGACUGUCUGGUAUCACCCUCAUCUUACUGGAGUUUGAUAGACUAUAUAUCAAAAUAGCAAAACCGGCUGAAACCUCAAGUGAACUUUUAUGAUCACCUGUUGUCCGUUGUCUGUCUAAACUUUUUACAUUUUCGACUUCUUCUCCAGAACCACUAAGCCAAUUUCAACCAAACUUGGCCCAAAGCAUCCUUGGGUAAAGGGCUUUCAAGUUUGUUCAAAUGAAGGGCCAUGAGCCUUUCAAAGGGGAGAUAAUCAUAAAAAUGCAAAAAUAGGGUGGGUUUCAUUUAAAAAUCUUCGAGAACCACUGGGCCAAAAAAGCUAAAAUUUACAUUGAAGCUUCCUGGCAUAUUGCAGACUCAAAUUUGUUCAAAUCACGGCCCCCGGGUGUUGAAUGGGACCACAGUAGGGGGGUCAAAGUUUUACAUACAAAUAUAUAGAAUAAAUCUUUAAGAAUCAUCUUCACAAGAACCACUGAGCUAGAAAAGCAGAUAUUUACAUGAAAGCUUCCUGACAUAGUUGCAGAUUCAAGUUUGCUCAAAUCAUGGCCCCCGGGUGUUGAAUGGGACACAAUAGGGGAUCAAAGUUUUACAUACAAAUACAUAGGAAGAAACUGUAAAAAUCUUUUCCUCAAGAACAGCAAAGUCAUGAUUAUUCAUAGUUAUAUGGGAGAACAUUUUUUAUAAAAAAGAAAAAAAGAAAUAAGUUGUAUCAGAUGGGAUUCGAACCGGGUGCCGAGAGAAGGUCGCGUGUGAUGGACGAUAGGCAUUAACCUCUGCGCCAUUGAGACUCUGCAACUAUGUAGAUAUUUUUGGUAUUCUGUGUGUCUGAUUAUUAUUGUAAAAUUAAUUAUAAUUGACUUUGAAGAGUAUUAUAUUCUAUAAAUUUUGGGUAAAAGUAUCUCUUGUUGAGUUAAAAUAAUUUCGUGUAAUAUUUUUCACACUUAUGAAGACGGUCAGUGAUUGGUCAGUGUGUGUAAUAAUAGAACCUGCUAUUGGCGGUAUUUUUGCACGAGAUACAGAACAACAAAGACGUGGCUGAUGUUGUGUAAGUUUUUGGUGAUAUAUUUGUCAUUUUCAAGUACACAAUAAUUUGUCAGUGAAUAUUUUGAGUGCAUAGAUUCACUAUAUCGUGUGCAAGGUAUUGUAAGAGAUUCUUUGCAAAACAAUGCUGUUAGGAAGCAGAAUUCAAUAUUUAGCAUUUGCUUUAAUCAGACAUAUAGAAUUGAGAACUAGUUUGUAGCUUAAUGUUUUCUAUUUAUACUUAAUGGGAGAAUAUAAUUGAGUUUUACAUACAUGUACUUCGGUGACACAACGGUGUUUGAGUUAUAUGUGUGUUUCAGUAUAUUUACAGUGUUUAUUUUAUUAAUAGGUCUAAAUGUAGGUGAUCAGUGUAUUACGUUGACCUUGACCUGUCGUGGUGGCCAUUUUUUGGGCCGGUUAUUGCGUGCCUUGUUUAGGUUUGUGAACUUUGCGUAUUUGCAAUUGCUAUUUGUUCAUGUUGCUAAUUAUGCAUGUUUAUAAUACAUGUACUACAUAUGAAUCCUUGCAAAGGAAAUAUGUUUGUAUAUAUGAUUGAGGUCAAGCAAAUCUUGUACAUUGGUUAAGUCACUAGAACAAAUUAUAAUGUGUUUUUAUUUAUUUAUAUUUAUAGGAGCACUGUCAUUGAUUCAUUCAUUGAUUCAUCAUUGAUUGAUCACAUUACACUACAACUGUGAAUAAAAGGUGAAAAGAA